ACGUUCGUUUUUGCUCUAGAAUGUUCAUCGCCACAGGGGACAGGAGUACAGUAGAAUGAAUCCCUUUUGUGAAUUCAUUUUAUCAUGAAGUAAAAUUCUUGAAUAAUUUUGAUCAAUUCAUUGUCUAUUUAAUUAUAUAAAACACUUCUAGAUAAAGUUUUGCUAUAAAUUUUAAAUUUGUCGCAAACGUCAAGUUGGCAUUCCAAUGGGAAUGGCAACUCAGCUGAUUUCUCUUUUUAGGCAACAGAAACUGUCAUAUUGCAUACUUCAUCUUUAAUUUCAUUUUUUUUGUGAUUCUCAAUUAGAUUAAAAAGGCUCAUAGUGCAUUGUGACAUUUAAGUGUUUAGCUGCGGACCUUCAUUGGCUGUCUAAAUUUUCAAACCAGAUAUAACAUGACUGAUACAUCGUCAAUUAAGGUUCAAGAAGUGAGAAAUGGUUUAUACCGGAUUCAUUGGAUCUUCAGUGAAGUUAUGAAAAAGGAACUGGGUGAAUAUAAAGAGGCAUUUCACCUGUCUGGAACCCAGUCUCAUCGAAUCUAUACAAUCAACUACCACAUUAAAAGCGCAACUGAAAAAAACUCUAAGCAGGGAUGCAAAUAUGAAUACUCCAUAACUGUUGCUGAAAAAUCUGAAUGCCAACCAAGUAGAGAUGCAUCGUCCAGCAACCCCAAAAUUCUUGAUUGUGCCUAUUUGUUUAUGGAUAACAAAUUUGCACAUGGUAAUGAAAUACCAUUAAGCAAGAUAACUGCUGGUAAGUGGAUGAUGAAAUGCGUCCAUCCGACAUUUCGAGAAAACCUAACAUUGUGGAUGGAUUUUGGGGCGGAUCCGCACUUAAACGAGAACGUAAUGGAUGUCAUGAACGGACUUUCCGAAAUGUUUCACAAACAAAUAUUGUGUGACAUUCAAUUCGAGUUAAACGACGGACAAACCAUCGGUGCUCACGUUAGCAUUCUAUCAGCAAGAAGCCCAGUUUUCUCUGCCAUGUUCCAGUCUGAUAUGGUGGAGUCUCAAACUAGGCGAGUGAUCAUCACUGACAUUUCAACGGAAGUCUUCCGCCAGCUGCUCAUUUACUUAUAUACUGGCUAUGCGCCUAAAUUGGAAGAGGAAAGCAUGAUUCCGCCUCUUCUUGAAGCUGCAGAAAAGUAUGGUGUUGAGAUACUCAAGAAUCAAUGUGUCGACCUUUUGCUGAAACGGGUGAGAAAGGAGAACGCCAUUAAACUGCUAAUUUGGUCACAUUUUCAUUCAGUCCCCUCACUGUACGAUUCCAGUAUGAACUGUGUGGUCAGUCAUUUCCGUGAACUCUGUUUUAUGCAGGAGUGGUUGGAUUUCAUGAAAACUUACCCGGAAUUGUGCGUGCUGGCUAUGCAACGAAUGGCCUCACUGCCCUGCUAACAAACUCAAGAUCUGACAAUGUGAAGCUAUAUUGUUCCCUUUUUGUGUGUGGAAUUUUAAGAUCAAUUUGUGUUCAUUUAGUUAUGUGCUGCAUCACUUAUUUAUUUUUUUUUCCUUUCAAAUAUCAAUAACAUUUCUUUCUUUGGUUCACAAAAUAUUUUUUACGAAAUGAUUACACACUUACGUUUGCUUUGUU